UUCCCGCCCGCAUUCUACAAAAUUGUCUUAAUUGUUUUAACAAUUAAAAGUCAAAAGUAAAAAGAUGAGAUUAGAUUCUGAUUGAUGUUCCAAGUGGCGCCAAACUUCUCAAUACGUGCGGAAACAGGCAGACACGGUUCUUCCUUCCGAGAAUAUGCUUCUAACAAGCGAAAUUUUGUCGACGCGUGGGUGCGAAGCGUCGCGGUGAAGCGCGUCACGGCGAAGCGUCGCGGCGCGCAUCCUCCGACGCAGAAAUGAUGGGCGCUAAACGCCGGGGGCGCGAAGCAAAGCCGCCGCGGAUAAUCUCCGGGCGGGUUGCGACCGAUAGUUUACGCUGUUCGACGCCCUUGUCGCGAUGUGUGGCCGCUCUGAUUUAAGUUUCAAUUCGGCGCUCUUCCUCGCCGCGUGUGGUCUCUUGACGGCCAGCGGCGCCGUCAAUAUACCAUCGAGGGAGGAUCCGCGUUGCUCACCGUCGUUUAGCGUGAUCCUCCCUUUGGAGAACGGUACCGGCGGCACCGAUACAGUACCGCAAUCGUUGGAAAACAACAGCAGCUUCUUCCACGAUGGCAUCGAAUAUUCCGCUGAAGAACGUUGGUCUGAUGGCAAUGUUACUUAUGGUUGCAUCUGUAGAUUGCGCAGAUGCAUCAGAAAAUGUUGCCGCGACGAUCAAGUUCUCCGCAAGUAUCCGGAGAAGAAAGCGAUAUGUCAAGAGAUGCCCGAAAACGAUACCAAGUCGGUAACCGCGAUGCCGGAUCUGCGUCUACCGAUAUAUCAAAUGACCGAGGAGAUUCAACACAUUGAGACGCUGAGAGAGCACUUCCUCUUGGUACAGAAUAACGCUUGCCCCGGUCACACGUACGUUCUUAAUGCCGACGAUUACGACGAGGAUAAAGUCAUCCUUCAGACAAAUGGCAGUCUCGUGAAUACCUUCGGGAAACUCUUUCCAUUCUGGAAUUAUUGCAUCGAUUGGCAGGUGACUUUCGAUCAAAUCGGCAUCUUGGCUUGCCUCACGCCAGACGUACAAACCGAUGUCGAAGUACUCUCGAAGGAAAGAGAUAAAGAACACAUGGUUCAUCAUGUGGGUAUCAUGAUAUCCAUUCCAUUUCUCGUUACCACGUUCCUGGUGUACGCGAUUACUCCCGAAUUGAGAAAUCUUUACGGCAAGACUCUCAUGUGCUAUGUAAUGUGUUUAAUCAUAGCCUACGUCUUCCUGAUCUUGGUCAACUAUAUUUACAUGUCUCCGAUACGCGCUUUGUGCUAUACAACAGCCUUUAUCAUCCACUUCUCGUUUUUGGCAAGCUUCUUCUGGCUAAAUGUAAUGUGCUUCGACAUUUGGUGGACAUUUGGAGGAUUCCGCUCGUUACAAGGAAGUGUGAAGCAACGAGAGAAAAGAAAAUUUGUGAUGUAUUCGAUUUAUGCAUGGGGAACAGCUUCCGUCUUCACCAUCAUCUGUGCCAUCAUGGAUUUCGUUCCUAGCGUACCAAAGGAAUUGAUUCGUCCGCAAUUCGGUGAAUUGGGAUGUUGGUUCACCACGGACGAAGCGAAGGCAUUAUACUUCUACGGACCAAUGACUGUUACCGUUAUCUGCAACAUUUGCUUAUUUGUCUCCACAGCACUAAAAAUUGUGCGUCACAGAAAGGAUACGGCUCAUCACUUGAGAAGUUCAGAAAGUAGACGCCAUGAUGACAAUAAACAAUGGUUCAAUUUGUAUCUGAAGUUGUUCAUCGUGAUGGGCAUAAACUGGUCCAUGGAGAUAAUAUCAUGGCUGUUCAAGAAUGAGCCGCGAUAUCUUUGGUACCUUACCGAUCUGACAAACACAUUGCAAGGCCUCAUCAUCUUCAUCAUAUUCGUAUGGAAGGAAAAGAUCAAGCGGUUAUUGUUAAAGCGAUUCGGUUGUCAGGAAAAUGGUCUAUUCUCCAGAAACUCGACACAUAGUGGUUGCCACAGCACAGCCUCACGUACUUGCACUACCACAACAUCACAAGGGGUGAUGCCCUUGCAAGAGAAAAUCAGCCCCUACGUGCAAACAAAUUGUCGCGCGAAGAGUUCAUCCGAUGAGGCUGAUCCUUAGUGUUGCAACAUGAGAGGAUUUCUCUACGUUGAUCAGAAAUUGAUGAUUUAUCAGCAAUUAACUGUGGUGCCGUGAUUUAAUUCUCCAAUCGAGAAUAAAUUUUUCGUUACUUGCGUUGAUCUCUUGGAUUUGGAAUACCAAAAUGGUAAUUCAUCUUUCCAUUUUUUUUCUUUUUUUAUUUCUUUAAAAGAAGUAUCUACAUAAUUUUUUUAUGUCUUUCGCAGUCCAAAGAGAAUUAAAAGAAUUAAUUAAGUUACUUUACAUCUAUCCUUAUUCUCAUUAAAAUGAUAAAAGCAUCUUAUAUAUCACAUAUAUUAACUGCCAUAUGCAUAAUUUUGUAUAAAUUUUACUUUAACAUAAAUGGAUACGUUAUUUUUUUUUAUACAUACGUAUUUUAGCGAUAACAUUUUGAUAAAAACGCUACGAUUAAUUUUACUAAUUUUGAUUUCAACUCUAAUAUCGCUCGUGUGCAUAACUAUAUUAGAUUAUUUUUUUUUUUAAUAUUUAUUUGAAUAUAAAUUUUGUAUUGACACGGUCUACAUUUCCACGCACGAAUGUUUAUUAUUAAACAAAUUAAAAAAAAACAUAUGUAAUGAAUGUAUGCAUUUUUAAAUGUAUAUUUAGAUAGAUAAAAUGAUUUUUAAAAUAUUUUGUCGCAUAACAAAUGUGCGAUGCAAAUCGACCGAUUUACGUCAAAUCAAUCGUAUAUUUUAUCAUAUACAUGUGAUAGUAUUACAAUAUGUAUGUACCUUGAAAAUCUUUAUGCCAAGUUGAAACAUCUUUAAAUGAAGCAUCUUCAUAUUUAAUUUAAAAUUCUGUUGAUUAUAAAAUGUAUUUGCUGAUGAACUUUUCUGGAAAUUACAUUUCAUUUUUAUUGUAUAUUACAUAUAGAAUAUUGAUCUUCACUGCUUUUAUAUAGUCACAAAAUAUUCCUAUACAUGUGCCAUUAUGAACAAUUAUCUAAUAUUUAAUAAUCGCGUCUUUCUAUAGAACACUUAUAAAAUUAAAUCAAAAUAUAGAAAAUCAAGUGGAUAGAAUUACAACACGACACAGGGAGAAAAAAAGUAGAAUUCACUCAAAAUCUACAAAUCUGUAAUCAUUAAAUAUAUGACUUAAUCUGUAUUCAUAUUACUAUUACAUGUAUGUGUGUUUGUAAUCGUCUACGUAUACUAUACGACGAAAAAAUAAAAAA